GGCUAUUCAGAUUUAGCCAUCAGUUGGUUGAGAGCAUUUUUCUCUUGGCUCGCGGAAAGUGUCAAGUCUUUUCUCAUUCGAAGUGUUAUCUAAGAAGGUUUGCCCAUUUCACAGUUGUGUUUGAUGCGAAUACAGCAACUGUUGAACAUGGCCGGAGCUAACAUGUUGGUCCACGUGACGCACAUUGACGAUUCCGUUCGUGGACGGCAAGGCCCGUGUGUCUACUUUUGGGGUAUGGAGUUGGUCAACGAUGCUGAAGUUCAAUUCAUCGACUACGGAAACAGUCUGCUGAUACCGCGCUGCAAAAUUUUGGCUCCUGUAGAAGGGUUGACUUGCUUACGAAAUCCUUAUGGCUUUCAUUGCAAGAUUGAUGGUGGUGUGAUGCAGUCUAUUCCCAACUGGCGCGAACUCGUUAAUGAAAAUCAGAUUUCAGCUAUUCAAAAGCAGUAUACUUAUAUGCAUCAAGCUCUGCCAGUUGCAAACAGUCAAGUGCAGUUAACUUGUGUUGUUGACCCAACCAGUUUCUAUGUUCAGCUAUCAGCUAACUCUACUAUUCUUAAUGAAUUGGUUGAGAAAUUGAAUCUAGUUGACUGUGAUGAACUUAAACCAUUCAUUCAAAACGCAAAGCCCGGCUCUGCUUGUGUGGUGCAGUAUGAAGAAGACAGCCAAUGGAAUCGUGGACAAGUUCUUCAGUUGAGCGACCCCCCUGCCACGAUCCAACUAGUCACUGUAAAACCAAUUUCACAGUUGAAGCGAAUGGUCCCGCGCUUCAUGCAGUGUCCUCAGUUGACUUGGCACUCGAGAUUGAAGGGAGUCAAGAAGAUGACUUCCGGACCUGUCAAUCUGGAACCCCAGAAACACAUUGCUGCCUGCUUUUUAACUGGACAAUCGCUUUCAGCAUUGUUUCAUUCUACUAGUCCAGAUGGAAAUAAUGGGGUGUUUGAAGCGGGUUUCAAUGUUCCUGGUGAUGUUGCAAACUAUUUGAUUGAACAGAAAGUCCUGGACCGCGUCGUGUUAGAUACGCCACAACAUCUUUAUGUCCGAUUAUUUGAACCCUCUGGAUUGGAUCUCAAUGAGAAAUUGGGGUUGCCGGAAAGUUUUAAAGUCGAGUCCGUCGCAAUUAAUCUUCUGGAAUUCAACUCUCUUGAUGACGGGGAAAUGUCUUCCCCGAUGUCCAGAACUUCUGAGCCUGCACUUUUCGAUACGUUUGAUGACGAUGUCACUUUACCAUUGGAGGUGGAGGUGGUUCGCCAAGUAAUCGAAGAACCCCUGGUUGCGAUCCCAACUGUUAUUGAACAUUCUGAAAACGAGGAAGUAGAGCUUGCCGAUCGGAUGGAACAAGUAGCCGUUCAAGAAAAAGAGUUUUACCAAUCUUUCGGCGAAUCGGUUAGUUCUUUCGUCAACGAAGAGACACUGCCACAAAUUAUGGUACUCAAAGAAGCAAAAGUCAUGGAGCAGUUGGCAAUCCUCGAUGAAGAAGUAAAAGCUGCCGGUGAUGUUACUGAAAAUCUAGCGCAGGAAAUAGUGGAUUUCGUGUCGGCUGAGAAUGCAACCAAGGAUUUAAAUGUUUCAGAACCCAUCGAGGAUUUAAACGUUUCCGCCCACAUCGAAGAUCUUAACCUUCCCGAAAAGAAGUCGUCGGGCGAGGACGUCAGCUUCAACUUAAUCAGACAAUUGACGGACGCCCCGUCAUCUACAUCACCUUUGGAGUCUUCUUUAAUCGACGCCACACAGUAUAUAGAUGAAGAUCCUGAUGUCACUCUCCUCUCGGAAGCCGCUGCAGUAACGGAGACAACAGAAGUGAUCGAGGAUAUUGAUGAAUUCCACGAUCUGAUCGAACUGGAUGAUAUGGAAGAGUUUUAUGAUUCGCAGUCGGCCGAUGAAGCACUGGAGGACCAGCCGGUUGUUGGAAUACCAUGUGUAGCUCGUUUCACCGAAGACGAGCGUUAUUAUCGCUCGAAAGUCCUAUCCGUUGGAGAUCGAUUAGGAAAGUUUGUUUUUUUGGCAGGCUGCUCCUUUCAGCUGCCUUUUGCUGAGGCAAGGCCAGUUGAGCCGAAAUUAGUGGACGUGGACGUGGACGGCCUCGCGGCCGAUGUAUCAAAGGCGGUACUGAACAGCGGGUUGCCGUGGUUGGAGGGAACAUUCGGCUUGGUGCUAAUCGCAGUUACGAAAUACAUGUUGUGGCCAUUGUUUAAGAAGUAUUGUUGGGAAAAAAUGGUUCAAAUAUGUGAAAAAUGUUGCAACAAGGGCCAAAGUGAAGAGAAAAAUUCCGACCAUGUCGCAGAAACACUUAAUGAAACAAAAGAAACAAACAUCGCUAUGCAACAGCUGCUCAGUCAGUCAACGGCUGCGCUUGAGGCGCUCGACGAAAUCAAAAAUUCCGUUGCGUCCCCCAACAAUCCCGUCACUGUGUCUGCAGGCAUCCCUGCCCCUUCUCCAUCAGAUUUCCCACGUGAUCGUGAGGUCCCAUGCUAUGGCCCUUAAAAAGUCAUCAGAUGACCCGGGACACCCACCAACUGGUGUCCCGGGAAUCCCCCUCCCCCCCCCUUUUUUUUUUUUUUUUUUUUUUAUUUUCCCGUCUCCAUUCAACCCGGUUCCAAUAACUGCCUAUUCCGGUCACUUUCAUGUGGCCACCAAUGUUGGUAGUGUUGUCGGGGUUUUGAAAAGUGUGUGUACUCGUUUCAUGUUUUGUGUCUUCUGUUCCACAAAAUUUGUGUCUUCUGUUCCACAAAAUUUGUGUUCUUUCCCUUGUGAGAACAAUUACACAACAUAAUCAAGUGUAUAA